UCAGAGACUUGCGAGGAGCGAUCGCAUUGCAGGCAUUCUAUGACUCUGUGGUGAGAUUUGGCUCGUCAUCAUUCAAACUUCCACAUGCCACCAAUAGACAGUCUUUUGCCAUGGAGAUGUAUCUUGUCAUGUGCUUGACUGCAGCUGCACUAUUGCCAGUCAGUCAUGCAUGUGCGACAGGAAAGGAGUUCAUCACCACGUUUCUCCCCAACUACCAUAAUGCCCUGUGGGUCUUGUUUGGAAAUGACCAUAAACUCCAGGUGGUUCUGACCUCUCUGGGCUCUGAGGCCAAAGUCCGCAUUCAGAUCGCUUCAGUGGACUUCUCCAUGAAGCUGACCCUCUCUGCGGGCGAAAGCCGCUGGGUUUCCCUGCCGGUCGGAGCCGAGCUGCAGCAGCAGUUUCUUACAGAGAAAUCAGCAGUCCGGAUUUCAUCGAGCGCCGACAUCUCAGUGGUCUCUUUUAACCGCCGGGAACGGACAGGAGAUGGCACCGUGGUUUCUCCAACAGGAGACCUGGGUACAGAAUACCUUGUGUUCACCCCGCAAGGAGGCGCUAAGUGCAUGGACAAGCUAGUGGCUAUUGUUAACGGCAACAGUCCCAACCGGAUCACCAUCUUACCGAGCGCUGACGUGUCGCUGCGAGGCGGGGGGCGGUGGCGGCAUGGGCAGGCAGUGACCUUUACCCUUGCACCGCACGCAUCCUGCCUGGUACGCAGUCAUAACACUUGGACGGGCCUCAUUAAGUCCCAGUCGCCUGUGGCUGUCCUAGCAGGUCACCAGUGUCUCGCCAUGGGUUCGGGUUGUGAACACGUCUAUGAACAGCUUCCCCCUGUGGCGAGUUUGGGUAAGGACUACAUGGUGCCCAGAACAGGAAGCUGCCAUGCUGCAAACCUGGCGGUGAUCGUUGCGGCCGAAGACGACACUGAGCUGACGCUGCGCGGAGGUUGUCGUGCAGCACACAAACAGACGCUGAAGACGGCUGGAUUGGUGACGGUCCAGAAACUGAUCAGCAGACAUCCUCUCGUUGUCAAAAGCAACAAGAGAGUCAUGGUGCUCCUUCUUAGCAACAACAAACCACACGACCCCUUCCUGAUCGCACUGACCCCGACUUGCAAGCUGUCUACCCACUGGACGGUGGAGACGGUGGGCGGGUUCUCCAGCGCUGUGGCCAUUCUGUCAGAGAGGGAGGGGUCGUCAAGCGUGAAGGUGUGCACGAAGGGACGGUGCCUGUCGCCUCGGUGGAAUAACUUUGUUUCAGAUGAACAGUGGGUGUGGUCUAAUGUGGCGGUGGGGACACACGAGAGUCAUGUGACAGUGGAAGGCGACGCACGUAUGGCGGUCUACGGCUAUGGUUGGAAAAGUCGCCACGGAUAUGGAACUGCUGGAGUCUGCUCUUCAGCGUCAAAUGAUUCUACAACGUACAUCUUCAGCGCUUCUCCUCCUACGCCACCCAAGGAUCCCUGUGAAGCUGUCAAAUGCAGAGAGAAGGAGCGCUGCGUGGAUGGAAGAUGUGUCCACGUGUCCACGGCGACCUGUCACGCGCUUGGUGACCCUCACUACAUGACGUUUGAUGGAAGACGUUACGACUUCCAGGGCUCCUGCUCUUACAUUAUGGCAACACUUGCAGAGGAGGUACCCGGUCUCUUGCCUUUCAUGGUGACCACCAAGAAUGACCAUCGAGGCAACCGUCGGGUUUCCUUCGUGAGGACCGUGACUGUCGAUGUUCAUGAGCAUACAAUUAUCAUCGGCAGGCAUAAAAAACAAGUUCAGGUCAACGGUGAACUUCAGUACCUACCAGUCAGUUUGCUAAAUGGGAAAGUCACCGUGAAGCAUCGUAGCAGCUACGCCGUCCUCACAACUGACUUUGGUCUGACUGUGAAAUACGACUGGAACAUGCGGCUUUACAUCACAGUACCCUCCUCUUAUUACAAACACCUAGGAGGCCUCUGUGGAAACUACAACGGAGACAGAGCAGAUGACCUGCCUGAACCACAAGGCUCUCGCCUGUCGGCAGUACUGAAGAUGAUUCAGCAGUGGAAAGUGAAAGAUUCAGAUCUGUUCUGUCAUGAUAAUUGUGGUGGACGCUGUCCCACGUGUUCACCUGAGAAACAAGCCUUCUUCCGCCACCCCACAAAAUGCGGGAUACUCGCGCAGUCCAAUGGACCGUUUUCAUCCUGCCACAAGGUACUCAACCCCUCUUUGUACCUGGACAACUGUGUCUACGACGUCUGCAUCAAUAAGGGUGCAAAACAGCUUCUCUGCGAUAACCUGAAGAGUUACAGCGACGCCUGUCUGGCAGAGGGCGUGAAGAUCAAUCCCGAGUGGAGGAUGAUCGCUAAGUGCCCCCUUUCCUGUCCAGCAGGGAGCCACUAUGAAGCGUGUGGUUCCGCCUGUCCUGCUUCCUGCGGGUCCCCAGACAGUGGCAAGCAUUGUGAUGCGCCCUGCGAGGAGGGAUGCCAGUGUAAUGAAGGACUUGUACUUAGUGGAGACAGAUGUGUUCCUCAGUCUGGCUGCGGCUGCCAGCAUCAGGGCAAAUAUUACCCAUCAGACUCCACUUUCUGGGCUGACAGCACCUGUACCACCAGGUGUCGCUGCCUCGGCGGCCAUGUCAAGUGCGCAUCAGCUAGCUGUAAGAAGAACGAGCACUGCGCCCUCAAGGGCAGCGUAAGAGACUGCUACCCGAUAUCUUAUGCCACAUGCCAGGCGGCCGGAGACCCCCACUACAGGAGCUUUGACAAGCGGCGGUUUGAUUUCCAGGGCACUUGUACCUAUGUUCUCUCUCAACACACUGAAGGUGCAAAGCAGGGCCUGCUGCCCUUUCAGGUGCUUGUCCAAAAUGAGAACAGAGGACGUAACAAACGUGUGUCCUAUGCCAAGUCUGUCUCCCUUACGGUACUUGGAAACACUGUCAGCAUGAGCCGUGCCAAACCGGGUAGCAUAAUGGUGAAUGGCCGAGCCAUCAAUUUACCGUACAGCACCGAGGACGGCAAGCUGUCCUUUUUCCGACAAGGCUACUUUGGCAUGGUGACAACAUACUUUGGCUUGACUCUCAAGUUCAACUGGAACAGCCACGUGGCCUUGACCCUUCCCAGUUCCUACGCUUCCGCUACUACCGGACUGUGUGGAAAUUACAACGGACAGCCGGGUGACGACAUGCUGCUGCCUGAUGGCACUCAGGCUAAACACGUUAGCGUGUUUGGCCACAGCUGGAAGGCGGGAGGAGAGCCCGGCUGCACCAGCGACUGCCCGGGUGGUAAAUGUCCCGAGUGUGAUCCUGCACUACUCCUGCGUUACCAGCAGGGGCGCUACUGUGGCAUCAUUGCUGACAAAUCUGGUCCUUUCAGAGGGUGUCACGGCAAAGUGGACCACGCCGGCUCCCUGAUGGACUGCGUGUUUGAUUUGUGCAUGUACCAAGGCCACGCCUCCGCCCUGUGCAACAGCCUAUCAGCCUUCAGCACCUCUUGCCAGGAAGCGGGAGCCACCGUGGAGACGUGGAGAACAGAAGAUUUUUGUCCGCCAUCGUGUGGUGCGAACAGUCACUACGAGGUGUGCGCCCCGCCCUGCCCGCUCACCUGCAGCGGUCUGGCGCCCCCCGAGGGCUGCGACGACAGCGCCCCCUGCGUGGAGGGCUGUGUAUGUGACGACGGCUUCAUGCUGAGCCAUGACGAGUGUGUCCCGCUUUCAGAGUGUGGCUGUCAGCACGAGGGACGAUAUUAUCAACACUCACAGGUGUUCCAUCCCGGAAGGUCAUGUGACACUCGGUGUGUGUGUGGAGACAGCGGGCAAGUCGAAUGCAGCCCCGACUUCCACUGUUCGCACGGCGAGGAGUGCGUGAUGGUGGACGGGGUGGCCUCCUGUGCUCCCAAAAGCUUUGCUUCCUGCUCUGUCUACGGGCUCGCAACGGUCCGAUCCUUUGAUGGACAGGCCUAUCCUCUCCUGGGGAAUUGCUCGUUCAAAAUGUCAGAGGUGGAGGAGGGAGAAGGUCUGGCAGCUUAUUCCGUGUUGCUUCAGCAGCAAACCAAAAAAGAUGCUCACGUCUCUCGGAGUGUGGAGCUCCAAGUGUAUGACAUGGAGCUUACCCUGGAGGCUGGCACUGCAUGGGAGAUCAAGGUUGAUGACAUCAAAGUCUCCCUUCCCGCGUCACUGGCGGAUGGACAAGUGCAAGCGUAUCAGAAUGGCAUCAACAUCGUCAUCGAAACAGACUUCCAUCUAAAGCUGAUCUACGACGGAGUGGCAGGCAUCAUCUUACAAAUCCCAUCCACCUAUCGCGGUUUGUCAAGCGGUCUCUGUGGAAACUACAAUGACGUGCCAUCAGAUGACCCGCUCUCAGGGGGAGGGAAACCCGCAGACCUCUCAGCUUUGGUAGUGGAGAAGGAUGGUGUCACCUGUGAGACAGGCUGUGGAGAAACAUCCUGCCCUGACCCAGAUGGACAAAAGACCACAGAAGCUGAAAAGGCUUGUGACAUCAUCAAAGAUCCGCAGGGGCCUUUUGCGGGAUGCCACGCCACCGUGUCCCCAACACCCAACUUUAAUGCUUGUGUCAGGGAGAUGUCCACCGCUGGAAAAGACCAAGGCGUUCUCUGUGGUCACAUCCAGAAUUAUGUCAGCGCCUGCCAACAUGCUGGUGCCAAGAUAAGCAAAUGGAGGAGUGACGGCUUCUGUCCGCUAACCUGUCCAACGGGAAGUCACUACGAGUUGUGCUCAUCCUCCUGCUCGUCUACCUGCGUCUCUCUGGAGAGGUCGGAUCCUUGCCCGGCGUGCCAGGAGGGAUGUCAGUGUGACGACGGGCUGGUGCGGGAUGGGGAGCGUUGCGUUCCUGUGGGGAAAUGUGGCUGCACAGUGGACGGACGUUAUUACAAGUCAGAUACGGCAGUCUUAAUGGAGGACUGUUCUGAGCACUGUGUCUGCCAGUCUGGACGCUUCACCUGCAAGCCCACAAGUUGCCAGGAGCAGCAGGAGUGCACCGUCAAGGAUGGAACUGUAGGCUGCUUCCCCACAGAUCCUUGUGUGGAAGUUGUGUGCAGGACCAAGGAGCAUUGUGAAGUAUCAGAAGGCCAAGGAGUGUGUGUGCCUGAUACCAGCGUUUUAUGCUGGGCCUCUGGGGACCCACAUUACACCACGUUUGACGGCUGGAGUUAUUCUUUUCAGGGAACCUGUACCUACGUUCUCGUCAAUACCACAGGUGUUGAUCCCUCCCUGCCAGCGGUAACUGUGACGACCAAAAAUGAGCUUCGUGGGAACUCUGAAGGCUCUUUUGUGCGUUCAGCCACCGUGGAGGUGAUGGGCCACACUAUAUCCAUUCCAAAGGAUGAGAGGGGCUUUGUACUGAUUGACGGCAUUAAGACUGGUCUCCCAGCCUCCCUGGAAGAAGGCAGCCUUUUUAUCACAUGGCAAGGAGUGAGAGGCACACUCCAAAGUGAUAUCGGGCUCACCGUCACAUUUGAUUGGUCCACGCUGGUCAUGGUUGCCCUUAGCAGCAGUUAUUACGGUAACGUGGCGGGGCUCUGUGGCAACUACAAUGGUGACAAGGAGGAUGAGAUGACCGCCCGGGGAGGACACAAAGCGUUCAAUGUGACAAACUGGGCGGGGUCUUGGAGCAUCCCCGAUGGAGACCCGUUCUGCUACCAUUACUGUGAUGGCGUGUGUCCUCGGUGCUCCGAGGAAGACCGCAUUAGGUACACUGGUCCGAACUACUGUGGGAUCCUGAGCAACACAAAGGGAGCGUUCUCUGGAUGCCAUGGUAGCGUGCCAGUAGGGGAGGCGGUGUCAGACUGUUUGUACGACGUUUGCGUCAAUGCAGGACGGCGUGAAGUACUGUGUGAGUCCUUGAGCAAUUACCUGGCUGAAUGUCAGGAGGCAGGAGCUUCUGUGCUGCCUUGGAGACGGCAGGCCAACUGCACUAUUCAGUGUCCAUCCAACAGCCACUAUGAAGUGUGUGGUCCAGCCUGUCCAGCCAGCUGUGGGGCUCAGCCAGAGGAGUGCCAUAAAGCCUGCGUGGAAGGCUGCUUCUGUGACCCGGGAUACCUGCUCAGCAGAAAUGAGUGCGUGGACAAGAAGAAGGCCUGCGGCUGUAACCACGGCGGCUACUAUUACGUACCGGGUGAGGUGUUCUGGGCCGACCCUCAGUGUGAGCGCCAGUGUGUGUGCGACGCUGCGACGCAAACGGUGCGCUGCCACGCAAAGGGCUGUCGAAGAGGAGAGCGAUGCCAAGUUGUGGAUGGAGUCCAGGACUGUUACCCGACCGGCUUCAAGACCUGCUCUGCACGUGGAGAUCCUCACUUCUACACCUUUGACGGACGCAAGUUUGACUUCCAGGGCAACUGUGUCUACCGGCUGGCCAGCGUGUGUAAACACGCCGGAGGUCUUGAGCGCUUUGAGGUCAACCUGGAGAACAACAACCGUGGAAGCAAAAGAGUGUCCUACGCCAAAGUGGUGACGGUAAAAGUCUUUGGAAAGGUGUACACCUUCUCUGUGGACUACCCACAUAAAGUACUGGUGGACCAGGUAGAAAACUCCCUGCCCUUCUCAUCCAAACAAUCAGUGGUUGAGGUUUACCGCAGGUACAGGUGGGCUGUCCUUGAAACACACUUUUUAAAGGUGUCUUUUGACUUUGCAAGUGCGGUCAGAGUGGAGCUGGCCACCAGCUACCACGGUACCACGUGCGGCCUUUGUGGAAACUUCAACAACGAUCCUACGGAUGACCUGACGCUGGCCAAUGGGAAGCCAGCGUCCAGCGCCAAUGAGUUUGGAGUCAGCCAAUGGGUGGCCGACGUGCAGGGCUGCUCUCAGGACUGUAAGGACUGCGCACAGCCGCUCCCCCCCGACUUUGUGCCACCGAGCUACACUUCCGCCUGUGACGUCAUCACCGCCAAGGACGGCCCCCUGGCCGACUGCAUCGGCCGAGUGGAAUCCCAGCAGUUCCGUGACGACUGCGUGUACGACAUGGUGCUCCGUGGCGGCAAACAGGAAGCGGCCUGUGACGUCAUCAGUGACUACGUGGAAGAGUGCCAGUUGAAGGGGGGCUGCGUGAAGUCGUGGAGGACCAGGCAGCUCUGCUGGAUGCAGUGUCCCGCCAACAGCAUGUACAGUGUCACAGCGCCAGGAUGCCCACUCAGCUGCGCGUCUCUGUCGUCGCCUGCGGAGUGUAAAAGCCCCCCCAGUGAGGGUUGUGUGUGUAACCCAGGCUACUUUUUGAGUCAGGAUCGCUGCGUGCCGUUGGCCGAGUGCGAGUGAGUCAAGUCAGCCGUUUGCACCACCAAAAGACAACGACCGUCCCAAUGGUGUGCGUGCAUGUGACGGAGGGGUGCUGCCCUGCACAAGAUGGCACCCAUGUGGCGAAGAGGGUUUUUGGGGACAAAGUAGAAUCUUGCAAGCUGCUUUCUGCAAGGGAAUGAACCAUUCUAUACCUUUCACCAUCUGUGGGGAAAUAACGGGGACUUUGUAAAGCAGGGGUGUCCAGAGUGUGACCUGGGGGCCACCUAUAGCCCAGAGCUUGUUUGUUAGCCCGCUGCACAUUGUGAAAAUAAUAUUCAAAAAAGCAUAAAAGUUCAUUCCAAUCAUAAUAAUAAUCAUAAUAAUACAUCCUAACAACUUUUUAGCCGUUUGAUUUCAGUAUGUGUCCCUCGCUGGACAAAGUUUGGACACCCCUGUUGUAAACUUAUGAUGUGAAUAAUCAUUUUUUCCCUCAGUGUUUUGAUUUGAACCUGAGAGGCACUUGAGUCUUUUUGUUUAAACUCCCAACGUCGUUCCUUCUUCAAAUAAACUGCCAGCAGUGUCACUUGUGUGUCUUUAAGCCGGACAUGCUCACUAGUUCAAAUGAUUAGGUACACCCUCACGAGUGCCUCCUUUCCCCGGCCGUGUCGCUCACGCAAAACACACUUAUUUGCACAAAUCCCUCACCCUGUCACGGUUUCACGUUAUCAUUGCACUUCUAAAAUACAUCACCGCUUUUUUUAAUACGGCUAAAAAUGUCCAAAUGUACGACUAAGAAUAAGCAUACAAAUAUGCUGUGAUGGUAUGUAGUAUUGUACACUGGUCACUAGGUGUCACUAAAUGUCACUGUUACUGACACACAAGCACCAGACUUGAACAACAGGCUUUUAUUGUGGGUUUCAAUGAUCUCACAACUGGCACAACAAUCCCCGACACGUAACCCACGCCAAGCUAAAACUCAACUCUGAACCCUCAGCGUCACUUCCUGUCCCUGAGCACAGCAACACAAGUCUUAUUUAUUGUUAUGUUUACUAUAUUGGGGACUAUAGGGGUGUUAUUUCAUGCCUAGGAGGGCUCUCGUGUUAAAAAGCGUAUGUAGGAGGAGGUAAACAGCUUUUAUCAGCUCUAACUCUGAAAGUAUAGCAUUUAUACAUAAGGAAUCCUACUUCAGUGAUAAGGUCGGGUGUGUGAACGAGGGGUUUCGGUAUGCUGGAUUAGAUGUUAGGAAGAGUGUGCAGAGAAGGAAAGAUUUACUUGAGUUGAUUUACUUGACUGAAUAAUGAGAAUUACAAGCAGGACUCACCAGUGGACAACUUAUUUGGGACCUGCAAGCAGCAGGCUGCGUCUCUCCCAGUCAAAAGGAGUCGGUGAAGCACAUUUGAGAUGUCUGAAAGGUUGCUGGACGAGGUUAACUGGAAGGCACGUCCCCGGUAGAGUCACUGUCAGCUGAGCCCCCGGCCGCAUCAACAUCCUGCAGACCGACCAACGUCAUGUCGGGCUGAAUGUCCUCCUCGUCCGACUGUACCACAUGAUCAUCGCUGUCCUCGCUGACCCGCUCAUCCUCUGGCACACAUUCAGAGUCUUUAUCGGACCAGGCUCUGUCCAUGUCAGACUGGAGGUCUGGACCUGUUAGGGAAGCGGGCGUCUCAGCCGGGUUUCCAGGAUGAGCGUUUGGUGUGGAAGGAAGAGACAAGCAUGCAGCAGGGACCUGAUGGAGGCUUUACCUGAGGUCAGGGACGACUCGGUACUCAUGUCAUCACCAGAGUUCAAGAAGUCAUCCAGAGCCUCCUGGUCUGACAGGUUGGUGACCGUCAUCUGAUCCAGAACCCCCACGUCCGCUUCUGUGGCUUCUGGAUUCAUACGUGCGCACUUUCACCUUACACUUCGAUCAUUUCACUCUAAUAAGCUUCUACUCCAUCUCGCGUACGUCCCACACCCACACAAAACAGAGUAGCAGGAGUACAUACGGCGGUACUUACGUCUGUGAACGUGUCCAGUGGAGCGGUACUGUUCCAGGUCCUGGUGAAAGGCUUCUUCGUAGACUUUUUGUUGUUCCCUCAGUUUUUUCUGCCGAGUUCGCUCCAGUUGAGCCACUUUGUGCACGUGCUCACAGUUCAGCUCGGCUGCAGUUCACACGUGGAAGACACGCCCACGUUCAUGGAGGAUUAUUCAGGAUGUUUUGUUGGAGUCAUGGUGUGGUGUUUCCAAAUAUGAUGUGGAACAAAUGCUUUUGUCUGCUCCUAACAAUGUGGACAAACACAAAGGCAGCUCACCUUCCAGCGCCUCCAAUUCUCUCCUUUGGAAAGACAAAAAUCACACAAACUCCCAUUAAAACACCACCACCACCACCACACUCUUGCUAUUACAACAUUACUUAUUAUUAUUAUUAUUAUUAUAUGUAUAUGUACGCAGCAUUGUACUGCAAAAAAAAUGUAACUCUUAUGAGCUAUUUUUGUUAUUGUUAUAUUUGUCCAAACAAAAAGGUACCUUUAUUGUAUCAGGCAUUCAAAUGAACAAGAAACUGAAGAAACAAGGCUCCUCUAAUCAUUUUUGUUUGCAUUGAUUAUUGACUGAAUUAUUGUUGAGUGCCUUAAAAUAAAUACAGUAUAGAUAUAACUCUUUUAAUCAAUUAAUCUAAUAACUUAGUGAGCUAUUAUGAAAUAGCUAGCUGUGUAAAUGACAACUGUUCAAGUGUGUGAAAGGUUAAAUACUGAGCGCUCACACACAGUGCAGGCCAGCUGGGAUCAAUAACCAGUUAGGGGAACAAACACACACUGACUUGAGCCUUGAGAUAGGCUGGGGAAAACAAUGUUUUGUUUGUCAACAACUACAGUAAGUGUAAUCAGUCACACAAUCUUCAUCAAGGAAUCCAGGAGAAGGUUAUCUUUGCAAAGACUGGCGCCAACGGCCUGAGUAUAAAACAACAGAUGGGACUAUCGAGACUCUCAUACAGCAGGAGGAGCAGGUAACUGGUGCAUGAGACGGGGUCCGAGGCGUCGUAGACUGUAAGAUAUUCUGUCCGACUUACUUUAAUACAUUU